CUCCUCCACAGAAGGAUUUUAAUUGGAAGACUGAGAACAGCGAGCCUCUGAAGAAAAUUCAACUAAAAAACCUCAAAUUAGGUAAAGAGUUGGGGCAGGGUGAAUUCGGCUCGGUUUUAAAGGGAGUCUUGAUUUUGGAGAAAAAGUUUUUGAGGAAAGAAAAAAUUAAUGUGGCCAUCAAGACAUUUCAUUCUGUCGGCAACCGGGAUGACUUCAACUUGGAGGCUCAUGUGAUGCAGUCCCUGAAGCAUGACUACAUUGUGGAACUGCUGGGUGUCUGUGAAGGACCUCCACUGAUGUUGAUAGAAGAAUUCAUCCCAAUGGGGUCCAUGCUGGACUAUCUGGAAGACCACCCGAACAAUGUCAGGGUCAAGCAGGAACUCUACCUCUGGGCCUCACAAAUUGCAGAGGGGAUGAUGUACUUGGAGACAAAGAGACUUGUGCACAGAGAUUUGGCUGCAAGAAAUAUCCUCCUCUACUCAUUAGAACGGGUGAAAAUUAGCGACUUUGGCCUGUCCAGGGCGAUGGGUGCAGAUAAGGAGUAUUAUAAAGCCUCUAAAGGUGGACGCUGGCCCAUUAAGUGGUAUGCACCUGAGAGUGUCAACUUUGGCCAUUUCUCCCAUGCCAGCGACGUCUGGAGCUAUGGGGUGACUCUUUGGGAGAUGUUCUCUUACGGUGGUGCACCUUACGAUGACAUGACUGGUGUUGAGGUAAUCAAAUUUAUUGAGGAUGAUUGCCGGUUAGCAAAGCCAGAAAAGUGCCCAGAUGUGGUGUACAGUGUCAUGCUGAAGUGUUGGUCUUUUGAGCCUGCGCAGCGGCCUACUUUCUCCAUGCUGAAUAAACACUUCAAUGAAGAACCUGAGUAUGUCAGUGCCAGAGAGUUAAGAAAAACAACAAGAAAUACAUAA